ACAGAUACCGAAAAAUGGCGGAGCUCAGGAGGAUCUGUCCUGAGUCUUUGCCCUUUCGUCCACGAAAAGCUUCAUUUCAAGGAAAGCUUUUCAUCCUGCUAUGUAUCCUUAUAGUCGAUUCUGGAGGAGCUACCACGCAUUGGGUCGUUACCGAGGACGGGAAGAUCCAGCAGCAGGUUGACUCUCCCCUGAAUCUGAAGCAUCCACAUGAUGUAGUGAUCUUCAUGAGGCAAGAGGCUCGUGUGAACUACCUCAGGAAACUCGAGAAGCAGCUAGUUGCCCAGAAGAUUCACAUUGAGGAAAACGAGGAUCGGGAUACUGGGCUUGAGCAGCGACACUACAAAGAGGACGUAGACUGUGUCAUGGCGAAGGUUCCACUUGGAGACCUGGAUCUGUACGAUGGCACAUACAUCUCAAUGGAAAGCAAAGACAUAAGCCUAGAAGAUUUUGUGGACUAUAGGUCAGCUCUGCCUCCAGAUCUGGAAAAGCCAGAGUGUGCAAAAGUGUUGGAACUUCCUUACAGUGUUCAUGCAUUCCAACAUCUCAGGGGUGUUCAAGAGCGAGAAAAUCUUACCUCCCCGUUGUUGUCGAAGGAGGACCCCAUUUUUUCCUCACUGUCCCAUAAACUGGGCCGUAAUAUUGAUUUUGUGGGUCAUCGCAUCCAUCAGGGCUUACUAAGGAAUUCAUCGUCCUGGGUCCUGUACAACAUGGCGUCCUUCUAUUGGCGUAUGAAGAAUGAUCCGCAGAGGGCUUUGGACUGUGUGGUCAGAGCUCUCCACUUCUCUCCGAGGCAACACAAGGAUGUCGCCUUGAUAAACAUGGCCAAUAUUCUGCACCGCGCCCACUUCUCAGCAGAUGCUGCCAUUCUGGCCCAUGCUGCUCUGGACCUGACUGCUGACCUCUUCACCAGCCACUACACACUGGGCAACAUCUACGCUAUGCUCGGGGAGUACAACCACUCCGUGCUGUGUUAUGAACAGGCACUGCAGGCUCAACCAGGCUUUGAGCAGGCUCUGAGGAGAAAGCAUGCUGUGCUCUGUCAGCAGAAACUCGAGCAGCGCCUUGAAGCCCAACACAGGUCCCUACAACGCACAUUGAAUGAGCUGAAGGAGUACCAGAAGCAGCAUGACCAUUACCUUCGCCAACAGGAGGCACUCGACAAACACAAGCUGCUGCAGGAAGAGCAGAUCCUUCGCAAUAUUAUUCAUGAGACACAGAUGGCAAAAGAGGCCCAACUUGGGAAUCACCAGAUGUGUUUACUGAGCCAACAGCAGCGAAGUCUUUACUGCCCCCAUGAUCAGCCUGUGCGUUAUCACCGUGGUGAUUUGUUUGAACAUGUCCACUUUGUUCAAUUUGGAGAAGAUGUUUCAGUAGCGUCUAGUGUUGCGCUAGUCUCGCAGCAUAGCUCCAAUCAGACAUCUGCAAGUCCUCAGCUGCACCCCUCUGUUUCUGGAAACCAGGACGCUGUUGCUGCUCUCUGGGGUGGCAGUGAUCACACACAGGACAUGCAAAAGAUGUUGUGGCCUCAGAGGGCUGACUGUGCCAACAAAUUUCCAAGUGUCCCUCCUGCUGAUCAACUGCCAACAUUCUACUUGUCGCCCCAAUCUCAAGGCCUCAGCACAGUGGCAUCUCUCUUGUAUAAGAGUGGCAGUCCCCCGACCACCAUGGAUCUACCAGAGUGUGGGCCUGUCCCUCAAUCACAUCCCACUCUUCUUCCAACAUCACUAGACUGGCUGCUGGAGGAAAAGGAGCUCCAGGACGCUUUUGCCGUUGAGAUCCUACAAUCACGCAGUGGAGGAUGGACUUUGGAGCAGAUUGGCUCCAGAAUAUCUCAAGUUAUGAAACAAGCCACUCUCCCCAGAUGGCAAGUCUACAACGAAGCCUCUUUAUACUGGCGUGCAAAAGGCAAUAGUAGUAAUGCCCUCCAGUGCCUGCGCCAUGUAUUGAUUUCAGCCCCGUCCACCCACCGAGUAGUGCCGCUCACCAACGCCGCUAACCUGCUGCUCCAUCACGGUUUCACAGUGCAAGCACAGCCUCUGCUGGAACAAGCUUUGGCUCUCAACGCUUCAGAGCCUCACAUCCUGCUCAGCCUGGUGAGUCUGCAGUUGGCCCAGGGAAAUGUGACAGGUGCUCUGGACUUGUUCCGUGACAUCUUGCUGACUGCCGUGUCCUCCACAACUUCCUUCUCAUCCUUCGCUGACUGUGAACAGUGUCGCACCAGCAUCCCUUUGCUGCGUUGUCUGCAGUUCUACCCCUUUCUUUACAAUCUGCCACAGCGUCAGCCUUGCUCACAGGGCACCACCUGUUUGAUCGAUGAGGAUCUUGGAAUUCAGUUAGAAGAGUGGGAGGGAAGCGAUGAGAAACUGGAAACACCUGCCAUUGAUGACUCACUGCUGUUUGAAAAGGUAAUCCUGGACAGUAAUGGCUCUGGAGAGGCUGCUGCAGAACCCCGAAAUUCUCCAUCCCCAGCGUCCAACAUGGCCUCUCCAUUUGUCAGUGGAGGUGUGGAAGUGGAAGAGGAGUGGCAGCUGAAGGAAGACCUCAUGGGUGCUUUUGAAGGAGCCUUGGACGUGGGGGGUAAACAGGGAGAUUUGCGUGGCAUCCGUGUGCUGAAGAAUGACCGCGUCAUGGGGGCUCGUGCUGGAGGAGGUCCCUGCUUUGGAAACUGUGAAGAUGACGAAGGAGCUGAAUGGAUUACCUUUCAAGUGAAACGUGUCAGGAAGUCAAAGGGAGAUGGGACGGAGGCUGUUUCCACCUAUGAUGAGGGCCAGAGCGUGGAAUCCCUGCCAGGGGGCCACUCUGUAUUAGAGAUCAGUGGGCCAACAAUCCCAUCCCCAGGCCCUUCUGGACGCUGGAGGGAUUACACAAGUCUUGGCUGGCCCGGGCCAGAGGAGUGCCAACGCACACGCAGAGUGGACCUCACCACUGUCGCCAGCACCUGGUUGGCUGUGUCUGCUAAGAAUAUAGAUAUUACAGAGCACAUAGACUUUGGCACUCCGCUCCAGGAGCCAGCGGCUGAACCUUUAUGCAAUGCCAACCUGGCUGCCAGCAUGCACACCCUGGAUCACCUGGCUGGCAUGGCCAACAGAGCAGCCAUCCACUACACAGGAGAAAGCCAACUACGUGAGGUUCUGCAGAACCUUGGCAAGGAGAAGUUCCCGCCUCAGUCCUUUGAGCAAGUUGGAACACGUAUCGCUAAAGUUUUGGAGAAGAAUCAGACUUCGUGGGUUCUAUCCAGCAUGGCUGCUCUCUACUGGAGGGUCAAAGGUCAAGGCAAAAGAGCAAUAGACUGCUUGAGGCAGGCCCUAAACUACGCCCCACAUCAGAUGAAGGACGUGCCUCUCAUCAGCCUGGCCAACAUCUUCCAGAACGCUCGCCUGUGGGAGGACGCGCUGACCGUCGCCCGCAUGGCUGUGGAAAUUGCACCACACUUUGUUGUCAAUCACUUUACCCUCGCUAACGUCUACAUAGCCAUGGAGGAGUUUGAGAAAGCAAUGCGCUGGUAUGAGUCGACUCUGAAGCUGCAGCCGGAGUUCGCCCCGGCGAAACAACGGCUGAGGACCAUCCAGUGUUACCUGCUAACCAAGAGGGAGCGUCGGCAGCCGUGACACGCUUCAGCAGCGCUGGACCCCAGCAGUAGCCCGCAGUCAUACACGUGCACGCUCUCUCCUCUGUAGUUUACUGCGAUACUGUUCAAUCAGAAAUCAAUACUGAUAUUAAAUUGAUGCUCAUUCUUUGCAAAAAUAAUCUGCAAUUGAAACUGUACACUUACAGUUGCAACAGGAACUUGAACACAAAGCGGUGCCUCUUCUUGCUUACUGAGAGAUACAUAAUGCGAUACUGUUUGUAAACUCACGCUGAGGUCGACUACUGCUUGGCUUGAUGCAGACAAAAUCUUUUGUGGGUAGUGGAGACCCAAACGCUGCACUUCAUAUUGAGAUUCUGCAAACAGAAGUACGGAAGUAUGCACACUGAGUCACAUUUUACAAACGUUUAAAAGGGAAAAACUUGAUCUACUUUUUAUCUCGUAGGAACUUUGAUAAGUGGAAAUGGAAUAUGAAAUAUGGGAAGCUGAUAGAACUGGUCACAUGAUGUGGUCUCCAAAUUGAACUGUGUGUGAUGGUGUGAAAUCGUAAUCCGCUUUAUAUGUUUUUGUCCAACAAUUAUGAAAGUGACUUUCUUAAAUUUCAUGGUUGGAAAAGGUUUUUGGCGCGAGAGGUUGAACAACAAAAAUCCUCAUCAGUUCAUGCUUUAUCAAAUAAUACGUUUUUAUUUGCACUUUUUUUGUCAUUCCUAUUUAUGUGGGACCUGCAAAGUGAAAACUGCUACGCCAUGUGAUGCUGGAGAGAAACCAGAAGGUGGUUUUUUAAUUGCUUUGUAACUUAAGUCAGUCUUCAAGCACAACAGUAAUUUAUCUUUGGUCAUCUCUUAAAAGUAUAUAAUUAAAGUUUUAUUAAACGUUCAGUAUUAAGGCAGCGAUUCUCGUGUUUUAUCUAUGUCUGAGCGGUGGAAUCGGAGGUUUGAACCCUGGGUUGUAUUUUCGGAAUCAUCCACAUAGUGGCAGUGUUGUGAUGGAAAACUGUUUUUCUUUUUCCUUCAUGGUCUUACAUUUAAGAAAAAAAUAUUUCAACGUGCUCUCAAGUAUGGUUUAAUCAUUGGGUGCAUACGAAAUAUUCCUUAUCACCUUAAAAAUAAUAUUGGUGAACUUGAAAUACUCGUUUUUACAUUCAAAACAAUUCACAUUGCUAUUAUUACCAUGUGAUAAUACUUCUACCGGAAGCCAAAUAAAAGCUUUAUUGCCAUGACAUACUCCAGGCUCAGUUUUCUGUAUCAAGGUAUUUAUCAAUUAGCUUUGUUAUAUUUUAUGCAUAGUUCCCAUCAGGACUUGCCAGAGCAAGUCAGCCUUCAUCAUCCUCCCUGUCACACCAAUCCUCUUCAUGUCCUCACUUCCUUCCUCCAUCACCCUCAGUGGUUUGCUUCUCCUUUCACCCGGCAUCUCUAUCUAGAACACUGUAGUGUUAUCUUAAUCAUUACAUUAUAUUUAUCUUUUCUAUGUGGCGUUCAUCAUGUAGCAGUUAAAAACAAUGAAACCUUUAUUCACAGAAAUCAUGAGAACAGUUUUGGUAAUGUAGAUUUUCUAUUGAAACCUGAGUUGAAUCUGUUGCAACACAGCGUCUUCAAGUGGGAUCUGUACAUUAAAUUUACGCACUUGUUUGUUUUCCACCGCAAUUGAAUUGCAGUUCAAACAUCAAGGGAAAACACAUCCUCACUUUUUUGCAGUGAUUAUUCAAGCAUAUGCGUAAGUCGUCAUAUGAAGACAUGGAUGUUGCUUUACUCUAUAUAACACAUUCUGGCUCUUUUAAAUGGCCAAAACUGGACACAGUGCUCCUGGGACACGCUGAUUCCUUUCUUUCUCCUGUCUCUCCACUAAUGUCAACACCAGGAAGUCAGAUGUUUUUUUUAAGCAGGUUCCUACUGAGGUCGGCUUCUCAAGUUUGACCACAAAUUGAUUUGAAUGGGGCCAAUGGCAACCCAUGUCAGGGUCUGUUAUUGGUAUUUGAUGACAAGAUUGCGCUGAUAUUUUAUGCUCCUUGUUCCCAUUUGGUCCCAUGGAGUGUCCCUUCCAUUCCAGAACAGCCUAAC